CGCGUUCCCGGGAGGCUCGGCCGCUUUCCGGCCCGCCGUCUCCGCAGGGGGGUCUCGUAGCCGGCCGUGCCGCCCCGGGGCCGGGGAAGCCAUCGACCUACACAGCCCCACCAUGUUCUUCUGCUGCCCCCAGUAUGUGCAAACCAUUGCACAGAACAGCCCAGGGUGAGGAGCCCUGCACAUCAGUUGCAUCCUCUGGGGAACCUGCAUGGAACAUCUCUGACAGAGCUGCAGCUCUAAAUCAAGAGCAGAGCACACCGUUCAUGGACAUUUUAUUUCAAACUGAGCGUGGAAAUGAGAGACCUCUGAUACCAUGACCCAGUUAGACCAUUAAGGAAGCAGAGUAUCUUAACCUUCCUCAGUUUGAGAAGCUUCAGGCUGUAUCUAAAGACACUGCUUUAACCACAAGGCUAUAAGCAAGUAUGUAUGUCAGGUAACAACGUUGUAUUUCUCCUACUGAGGCUUGGCUAUUGAGCAGACAACAAUCCAAGGGCUGUAAGAGCUCUUCUGGAAGAUUAUAAACUCCUGGAAUUACAAUAAUGGUUGCUUAAUUUUGGUUUGUUGAAUUAAAAAAGCUAGUUUUAGCUUCAACUUCAGAGCUGAGUAUUGAGUACAGGAUUAGCACCUGCUGUUCCUGUCUUCUUCAUUUUGUCCAUACGUGCUUCCUUGGCAUAAUGUUGCAUUCAAUCAGUAUUUCCUUUGUUCUGCAAAACUGGAAAGCUGCAGGAAACUCUUUCCCGGUUCUUUCAGUGUCUCCUUCCACUUAGAUGUAUCAUUUUCCAAGGUUUGGAGGCUGAUGUCCUGCAACUUAUGUCAGCAAUGUUGGAUGCCAUGGACAGAGAAGCAGUGUGUGUCGGAAAAAAAUCCCUACUAAGACUGUAAAUAAUUCAAGUGGAAUUUAGAAGCUCCAUCUGGGCACGACCCUCCGUUCAUUGUACCACAGCUCUGGUGAAGACAGAAGAGGGACAGAAGUUAGAAAGAAUGCAUUAUAUCUAAAAAUCAGAAAUGUAACAUUUGAAAUGAUAUGAUUAUCUACACAGAAACAUCUCUUGAUGAUUGGAUUUGAAAUUAGAGGAUUAAUCUUAGAUUUUGACAGAAAGCAGAGGUAUGGCUCCACUCUGUCUAGAAACUUAUUCACAGAAUCUGUUGCAAAUUCUGCAGUUGUGGUUAAAGAAACAUAAAACAAUCUCUAUUCAGUUGGCCUGGCUCUGGAUAUGUACAUGCAGAACUUGGAUUAAGUGUAUUUUGUAGACAUUCGCAAGCAAAACUGUAGAGUGAUGGUGAAAUCAGUGCACAGAUUAAUUUUAUGUUAAAUCACUGAUUUUUUUAAUACAAAGACAUCUCAUCAUGGAUGAAAAAUCAAAACACACAAUUAAAUGGUCUUUGUCUCUGCUGGGUAUGGAAGGGAAAGAAGAGUACUGGCCUCUACGUAUUAAUUUUACGGGCAAGAAAUACAUGCUGACAUUGUUUGAACCUACAUUUUUCUUCUCUUUCCCUUGGGAGCUUUUGUGGUGCCUGUGACAGCUAGCAGCAUUCCAUAAAAAAACAUCAGGAUAACAGCAAGUGAGAUCUUACAUCCUGCUUUCAAGAUUGCAAGACCUUUAGAUAUGAAGUUAAAGGAAAAGAAUGCCUUCCCAGCUGGCAGUAGGAUUCAGGUUCAUUCCCUCUACAGACUUGCAGCAAUUAUAGGUGAGAUUCUCAGGCACUUAUCAAAAGCAGUUGGUACCAUUGCACACCACUCAUCUGUGAUUCAGUGACCUACAGAAAAUGGCCUGGAUGGUUUUGGUGAAAGUUUACAUGAGCAUCACCUAGGAAAAUUCUUCACGGGAAGCUACUAUGGUCACUACAAUAAGUUACUGAUAAGAAUCUUUAACAAUCUAACAAUAAAUCUAAUAAUUGUAUCAGAGUGAUCUUCUCUAGAGCCUGUCCAGAUAGCCAGCACCUCUGCUGCUUCAUUCUCCAAAAGCUCUGGCUGACAGUUCAGAACCACUGAAGUCAGCUGAUGGUUCUCCUAAGUACACAUCAGGUGAAGUCAUGUGCUGGUUUAUAUCUGACCCAGGGGUUCUGUGGCAGAAGCAGAGGCAGCUGAGGACAGUAAGCACGCUAAUGACUGUGACUCAAAACCACUUCUGAAACUGAAAUUUCCCCUUCGUAUCACUCUUCUUAAAAGCAAGUAAGUGAACGUUCUUGGCCAUCAGCAAAAACGGGAUCCCUAACACAUUAUUUACCUGUGUGUACUGCAGUGCAUUUUUUGUUGGGGGCAUGGAAAGGAUGAGCGACAAUUUCUUUGUGACUCUCCAGGGGACAGCUAACUCCUUUCUGGCUCAUAUAUAUUACAAAGGUCACAGUCUCAGUCCCCCUACCUCUUUGCAGUAAUGAAGAAGACUUACAAUAUUAUAUAGUUUGCUACUUAGAAUGCAGCCUUUCAACAGUGCCUGCUAGGUAAAAAAAAUAAAAAAAUUAAAAAAAUAGGGGAGUAGAAAAGACAAUUACUUUCUAUUACUAGGGAUAAUUCCUCUCAGAUGCAGUUAAAGUCUCUUAACAGAGCUUUGGUACUCUGUUAAGAGUUAGGUUCUGUGGGACUGUGUCAAAGUUUAUGAGACUUGAUUGUACUGUACUAAUCUAUUAGUAAUUCCUAUUUAGCAGUCUGUUAAAAAUGGCUUGGACUUUCGUUUGGUGUUUGAAAUGUGAGUAUCAGAUUGUUUUCUAUUGACAUACUUGUUCAUUUCCUCAGUCUGUGCCCCUUACACAAUAGCAAUAAGCAUAAAAGAUUUUAGUUCAAGACCUAAAUUCUGCAUAGAAUUCUGUUCUUGCACGUUAAAGGAGCAGUGUGUCUAAAUCAUAACAAUUAAUGGUAUUUACCUCCUUUAAAUUACCCGCUUAAAGCCCAACUCUUUUUGCUUUCUGAAACAGGCAUACCUUGUAGCUGUUUGGUGGCCAUCAGAGGGUUUGGUUCCACCAGGAUUUACACUUUGCGGUUUUUAAGCAGACUGUGCUGGAGGUCACCAAAAACCUUACACUGAGUUGUCAGUCAGUAAAUCAUUUCAAUGAAUGUUGUUUAAAAAAGAGAGACAGAUGGCUGCAAUCUUAAUUAACUGUGGUGUGUUGUUUUUUCUACCUACAGUACAGAAACAACUACUUUGGUGCUAAUAAUUCACUCUACUCUACAUCAUGCUCAGUAAAAAAGACUUGCCUUGUUUUGGAGAGGUUUUUGCCUGAGAGAGAGAGAGAGGGAGAGAGAGACAGAUGACAUAAUGCAUGGAAAAUCCAGAGUAGGAAUAAAUUAAUAAAUGGAUUAAUCAAUGAGAUACAUAAAUUAUGCUAUGUACCUCAUUGUAUAGCUUAACAAUUUACGGUUCAGCAAAUGUAGUUUUUUAUAUCUUGCAGUAGUUACAUCUUAAGAUGUAUAGCAGUAGGGUUACUUUUCAUGUCUUGGGAACUCAUGUCUCUUUGGGACCCAUAUUUUGAGCAAUCAGACAAUCAGGUGAUACCUCGUAGACUUCAAAGAAAGCAAUCUGGGAUUUAUCCUAAUGUCAUUUUUAGCAUGCCAGUAGUCGUUCAUACUACAACUGUUAAAAAGUUGUUGUACAACUUAUUGCUCAGACAGUCAAUAGCAGAAUUAAUCUUAAUAUUUUAAUUUUUUUCAUGCAGAUUCACAAUGUUACAUCAACAGCUAAUAACUGUCUUUGGUAUAUUACUAGCUGGAGAUCUAUGUGCAUCUAAAAGCUGCUAUUCAGAAGACCGUGUGUCCAUGUAUAAUUCCUGCAACCUCACAAGUGUUCCACCUGUGCCAAAGGACACCGCAAAGCUUUUUCUAACUUACAACUAUAUCAGACAAGUGACUGCAACUUCAUUUCCACUGCUGGAGGAUUUGUUUUUGUUGGAAAUUGGAACACAACAUGUCUUUCCCCUUUACAUAGGAAAAGAAGCUUUCAGGAACCUGCCAAACCUUCGUGUCUUGGACCUGGGGUUCAAUAACAUUCUUCUGCUGAAUCUCGAUUCUUUUGCGGGUUUGCAACGUUUGACCAUUCUCCGUCUGUUUCAGAACAACCUUGGAGAUUCCAUCCUGGAGCAGCGUUACUUUCAAGAUCUGAGCUCAUUAGAAGAAUUGGAUCUUUCAGGAAACCAAAUCACAAAACUUCAUCCACACCCCUUAUUUUAUAAUCUAACCAUCUUGAAAGCUGUGGACCUGAAAUUCAACAAGAUAUCCAACCUGUGUGAAAGUGAUCUUACCAGCUUCCAAGGAAAACACUUCUCAUUUUUCAGCCUCAGUUCUAACACUUUGUAUAAGACGGAUAAAAUGGUCUGGGCCAAAUGCCCAAAUCCUUUCAGAAAUAUUACAUUUAACUCACUGGACAUUAGUGAGAAUGGCUGGAGCACAGAGACAGUCCAGUAUUUCUGCACAGCUAUUAAGGGGACUCGAAUCAAUUAUUUAUCAUUUCGCUUUCAUACAAUGGGCUCAGGAUUUGGCUUUAAGAACUUAAAAAAUCCAGAUAAGGAUACAUUUACAGGACUAGCAAGAAGCGAUCUUCGUUUGCUUGAUAUUUCCAAUGGAUUCAUUUUCUCUCUCAAUUCUUUAAUCUUUCAAAGCCUUGGUAAUCUGGAAUUUCUAAACCUUUUCAGAAACAAGGUAAAUCAAAUCCAAAAGCAAGCAUUUUUUGGCUUGGAAAACCUAAAAAUUCUCAAUCUCUCAAGUAACCUUUUAGGUGAGUUGUACGAUUAUACUUUUGAGGGGCUACACAGUAUAAUGUAUAUUGAUUUACAGCAAAAUCAUAUUGGGAUGAUUGGUCAAAAAUCUUUCAGUAACUUGGUAAGUCUGAAAAUAAUUGAUCUCCGAGAUAAUGCCUUAAAAAAACUCCCUUCCUUUCCACAUCUGACUACUGCCUUUAUAGGUGACAAUAAGCUGACGUCUGUAGCUCACACAGCAAUAGCAGCAACACAUAUUGAAUUAGAGAGAAAUUGGCUCGCAAAUCUGGGUGACCUGUAUGUUCUUUUCCAAGUUCCAGAUAUGCAGUAUCUCUCCUUAAAGCAGAAUCGCAUCUCUUACUGUGAAAAACGUGUUAAUGCUAUAGAAAAUAACCAGUUGAUUUAUAUGGAUCUAGGAGAAAACAUGUUACAGCUUGUGUGGGAGAGAGGUUUAUGUUUGGAUGUGUUCAGGACACUGUCUAAACUUCAGAUUCUAUUCCUGAACAACAACUACCUUAGUGCUCUUCCACAGGAGAUUUUUAGUGGUCUAACAUCUCUAAAAAUACUUAAUCUAGCCUCUAACCUAUUGUCUCACCUCUCUCUUGGGGUUUUUCCACGAAGCCUCAUAAACCUGAACUUGUCUGGAAACCAGCUUUUUUCCCCUAAGCCUGAAGUCUUUAUGACUUUGAGUAUUCUGGAUAUAACACAUAACAAGUAUGUCUGUGACUGUGCUUUAAAAAGCCUACUAGUGAGGCUAAAUGAAACCAAUGUAACCCUAGCUGGCUCAGAGUCUGACAGGUACUGUGUAUACCCACCUGCAUUAGCAGGGGUACCACUGUCACUUCUGACAUAUGAUGAUUGUGAUGAAGAUGAACUCCAGCAGACACUCAGGUUCUCAGUAUUCGUUUUCAUUUCUGUCACCCUUCUGAUGUUUCUGAUGUCAGCCAUUAUUUUUACUCGCUGCCGGGGGAUUUGUUUUAUCUGGUAUAAGACCAUCACCAAAACUUUGAUAGGAAGCCAUCCACCAGCAGCAGAUACAAGUGAAUACAUGUAUGAUGCGUAUUUGUGCUACAGCAAAAAUGAUUUCGAAUGGGUCCAGAAUUCUUUGCUGAAGCACUUGGAUUCACAGUAUUUUGAUAAGAACAGAUUUACUUUGUGCUUUGAGGAACGAGAUUUCUUGCCUGGGGAAGAACAUAUCAACAAUAUUCGUGAUGCUAUUUGGAAGAGCAGGAAAACAAUUUGUGUUGUUACCAGGCAUUUUCUCAAAGAUGGGUGGUGUGUAGAAGCCUUUAAUUUUGCCCAGAGCAGAUACUUCAGUGAUUUGAAAGAGGUUCUCAUUAUGGUAGUAGUUGGGUCACUUUCUCAAUAUCAACUGAUGAAACAUAAGCCAAUUCGAAUUUUUUUACAAAGAAGUCGAUAUCUGCGUUGGCCUGAAGAUUAUCAAGAUAUAGACUGGUUUUUAGAUAACCUUUCUUCCCAAAUUCUGAAGGAAAAAAAAGUGCAAAGGAACGUCAGUGGUAUAGAGCUGCAAACUGUAGCGACAGUCUCACGCUGACAGUUGAUGGGCCUCUAGCUUUCCCAAUACUUUCUAUUUUAGCUGUGCUAUGGGAGGACAAAACAGAUCUGCUUUAUCCUUUCCUGAAAAAGCAGGUAGAGAGAUUCAUUUUAAAUCCUACUAAACUUGGAAACAACUUGAGAGCUAAGAAAGUGCAAUUAUUUUAUGGACAGUGGCACUUAUUUUCAGAAGAAUUAAAUGAAUCGCAAAUGCCUCACAUUUUGGAUGCUCAGCUUCAAACAACUUACUAUUGAUUUUCAGAGUGUUAAAUACUUCCAGGUCUCUGUUUCAGUGACAGGAAGAUGCCCAUUUUUGUUUUGUUUUUUGUUCUUUUCAAAAAGAGACCACUGUACGGUGUGGGAGUGCCUUACAACUUUAUGUUUUAAAAUGGUGCUAUGUAGAUUUUGUUUUCUACUCAGCUAGGCUCAGAUUCUCAACUGCAACACACAGCCUUUGAACUUCAUUCAUUUCUUUUCCCCUUUUCAAUUCUUCUGCUUGGUGGUGAAGCCACAGUUACUGGGAUGCUUCAUUUGCUGCUGUUCCAAUUGGCCAUUUUCUCAGCUGCCUCCCACUGUGCAGAGAGAAGCAGGUAUCCCCUUCAGAUCUGAAGCAAGCCUGAAAACC